AUGUCUACUCCCCCGGGUUCGCAAUCGGACGGCUUGUCCACUACCCCUCCGGAAGGGAGGACUUCCUCGCCUGGCAGGUCACUUCGGUCGCGCAUGGGCACGGCGGUACGGCGUGCCUCUACCCUUAAUUUCCCUCGACCGAACGCUCUUCGCUCAUCGUCAUCGAAGAAUUCUCUCAAGGUGGACGCGCAGACGUCCCCUCCUGCAGAAUCCGGGGUACCAAGUCCGGUUGCCGAGUCGCCUGCACGCGAGGCAGAAGCUACAGAGGCUCCCAUGACACACGGUCCCUCGCCCUUGUCGCAGACGACCGUUGCUCCGGCUAAUCCCACUACCCAAUCGAGCCCAGCUCCUGUACCGGCAGCUGUCCUCAGCGGAAUACAGAUGACGACGAGUCCUGAAGCUCAGGCUUUACCACUGCAAACCCCCGAGACGCAGGUUCUAUCAUUACAACGCUCUUCCUCGCCUGAUUCUUUCUCUGAGCCACCUGCACCGGCUGCACCGGCCCCCGCUCCAACAUCUCCACCAGAAGCGAAACCUGUAGUGCAAUCUUCUGCAGAAGGUACAGUGAAGUCAGAGAGUGCAGCCUCUGUACCCAACGUGCCUACCGCUCCCGCUCCUCCAUCUGCACCGGCUACACCUCCUCAGGAAGCUCCACCACCAGCUAUAUCUUCUCCGAGUCAAGAAGCACUUAGGGGCAAGACUGCUUCUCGCGACGACUUUGCGUGGAAUGAUGAAAAUGCUAUAGCCCCGAAUUGGUCGAAAUCUCCCCUACAGAAGGCUUCGUCCGAGAGUUUUGGGCCUCCGCAUGACGUGAUCGCUGAGGCUUCAUAUGGCUCUACCGAGCCCAUCGCUUCACGAGCUACUGAUGCUGAAGCGUUUGCAUGGCGGAGAGACCUCAGUGUAUCGCCGAAACAGUCUUCGAGCACCCUCGGUGGCCGCUCUUCUAUACAACAGCCUGAAGCACAACAAAUUCCACGAGGAGGACGGAUGUCGACGAGGGACAGCGGGUCCUCCUUGGCCUCGUCUUAUGGUCGAGUUCUGAUAUCAAGUACUGCAAGGAAUAUCAACAUAUCUAUGGAUCCUAAUGACGCGGACGCUCGACGGGGGCGCAGUCCUGGACGCAAUUAUCGCAUAUCGCUCGAUGAGUCCUAUUCGGACCCUUUUGCUGAUCCGCCUGGACAUGCACAAUCGCAGAUGUCGAGGAGAGCUCUCUCGCCUAUUCAGAGUGUUGAUAUCUCGGCUCCCGAACAACGAGCUCCAAUGAGCUUCCCGCUCCCCCCUCAGAACGAUGUGAUCGCCUCGAGGACUGCCCGUGGUGCACCUUCAGGAUACAGUCUCGAUGAGAGGUCAGCAACUAUUGACCAGAGAGAGAUCCCACGUGAAACUGAUGAGAGAUUACCCUUGCUCGCGCGAUCCGCGAAUGGCGGCAUAACCGAGAACGGAAAAUAUGCUGCUAGUGAGGACAUCUCCGCGACAGUCACCAUUCCGUUCCCCGUAUCCCAGACUCUAGAUGAGCCCGCGGCUUCUCAUGCAAUAGAACGAUCGGGUUGGACAGAGCACGUCCUGCCUGAUAGCACCUUCUACUAUUCGCAUGCCAGUAUGCGCGUCGUAACUGACAUCGACCUGCGGAACGCAAAGAAGCUGGCUGUUGUCACGGAGCACCUCAAGAAGCUGCCCGAGGGCCUUUCGGCGCAAGCACAGGGAUGGGAGCUGUGGCUCAGAGAAACACCGAAAGGGAAACGUGGAUUUAAAUUGACGAGGAGUUGGAUCAACCAUAAAGCACACAUCUUAUCGCUUGACCUCCCUCCGACACUCGACGAUGAUAGUUUGGUGGACGACACUGCAGACGAUGACCGGUUAGACAUGGAAUACCGUUAUUGGGCAUUCAUGGAGGCUCAUCCCGCACAUACACCGCUGAUGACUGAGAGUCGCGCAGAAGCCUUGAAGGCACUUUCGUGGUCAUACACAGACUGCUUAUUGCCGGUGUCACAAACCCAAUAUUCUCCUCCACCCUUCGCCACCCGAGAAUGUCAAGAGCUCAUGGCACUGCUUCGCUCUUAUGACGGAAGUUCAGGUGCUAAUGCAGUGGAGACGCGGGUUGUGGCUCGGGUCUUGCUGCGAGUUGCCCAAUGGAGACAACACUACUACCGCCCGAACAAGCCUCUGCCCAAGGAUGCGAUCCUGGCUCGCAAGCCCGCGCGUCGCACGCCAUUCUUCAGAGUCGUCUUCGACUUCCUAAUUGCGUGUCUCUGCCUGGGCAUCCCGUACCUGUUCUUGGAGCGCUCGCGGCCACAGCGGCUUGAUGAAGAGAGCGGCAUCCGCACUGCAGGGCCAAUGCUCAUGAUCGGCGGAUGUGCUUGUUUGGUUGCCGCCAUCAUUUUGAGCGCCUCGGUCACGUUCAUCUCUCUUCCUGGCGUGGACGAGAUUUCCCGGCUGGCUGGCCUGCUUGCGGUCGUGUUCUCGGCUGCCAGCAUGGUUACGUCAGUAAUUGCGCUGUUCCGAUACAAGGCAGACAUGGGGCGCUCCGUGGUCUAUGUUGGUGGCGAGGGACUGAUGUUGUUGUCGAGGAAGAGUGUCAUGAUGUCACUUCCACUCGUCUUUUUGGCGUGGGCCAUCGCAGCCUUCAUCACGGGUAUCACGUUUUUCUCGCUCCAUGGUGCCACGGCGACCCACGGCGGUUUCGCGUCGUACUCGUUUGAAGACCAUACACAUCGGAUGGCCUUCGUCACGAUGGGAGGGAUGGCUGCUAUGUUAAUUUUUACAGCAUUACUGGCUCGUCGGUGA